GCACAUCUCUUCCGGCGACAACUAAAUGCCUCGUGAUCGCUCGGCUUCUCCGCGACGACAUUCACGACAGGGCGGCGCCGACAAACACUACGUUCGUGAUCGAGACUACCGAGAAGACUCUUACUCUCGCGGGGACAGAGGCGGCGGCGGCGGCGGGGAUCGGGAAAAGGAUAAAGACGGACGCCGCGAUCGUAGUCGGAGUAAGGACAGGGACUAUGACAGUCACAAGAAGAAGCACCGCAGCCGGAGUCGCAGUGUAGACGGAGGGCGCAAGGAGAAGAAGCGUAAGCGCGACAAAUCCGAAGAGCGCCGCGCCAGAAAAGCCGAGAAGAGGCGUCUGAAGGAGGAAGAGGAGGCACGCACCGUUGCAGAGCUCAGCGUCUAUAGCGCUACGGAUAACCCAUUCCAUGACGUCAACCUUGGUCAACAGUUCAAUUGGCACAAGAAGCAAGAGAAGGAGAAGAAGCAGGGUAUGUCCCUCGCCGAGGCUCAGCACAAGGAUGCCAUUCGCCGGCAGGAGGCAAAGGAGGAACUGGAGCGUCUGAACAAACGGAGGGCAGAGCGAGAGGUUGAACAGAAAUUGAGAGAGGAGGAGGAGCUGCGGAUGCAACGCAUGACGGAGUCGGCGAUGAUGUCGGACUGGCUCGCGAAAGAUGGAGAGUUCCAGCUGGAACAGGAACGGAGCAGGGCUAUCAUUCGUGUGAAGGAGAAGAGGGCCAAGGCAAUUGACUUCCUAGCACUGAACUUGCGAUACGUCAACCCAGUUGAGGACGAGGAGGUGCAAGAUGACGAGGGUCUGGAGAUUGACUUGGACGAACCGUACAACAUUCUCGAUAACCUGUCGCCCUCUCAAAUUGAAGAACUACACGACGAUAUUGAACGGUACCUCUCACUUGAGCAGGACGAAAUCAACAUCGACUUCUGGACGAACAUGAUGGUGAUUUGCAAGGACCGUCUAGAUAGAAUCAAAGAAACCCAGCUUAUGGGAGCCGAAGCUGCAGCAGCUGUCGAGGCGGAUAUUACUGCCUUACUUCAAGGAAAGAGUUACGAUGCCCUUGCAGCACUUCAGAAACAGAUCCAGGGUAAACUUGCUAGCGGGGAGCCAAUCGACGUUGAUUACUGGGAAAACCUUCUCAAGAAGUUACUCGUAUGGAAAGCGAAGGCGAAGCUGAAGAGUUUGCACGAAGUAGUCGUUCGCAACCGCCUGGAGCAACUGAGGAAACGGCAGAGAGACGAAGCCUUGCAAGCCCAGGAGGAGCUACUUGCUGGUGUUGCCCGUGCAGCCGUACAGGGUACUGGUGAUAUACUACAACCUGUCAAGGAAACGGCAGAGGAAGUGGAACCGUACAACAGAGCUAUGAGCCCGGUCCUCAUUGAUAUUACCAAGCUGCAUCCCGACGACCGCCAGAUCGACAUUGUCACAGAGCAAGAAGACCGGCGUGCCUUGUUUGCUCAACGCCGGGCUGUCGCCGGAACACGCUUCGUGGCAAAAACCGCUCAAGCCGUUGUCGAACCUGAAGCAGUCCCUGAAAUUACGUCUACUAACGCAGAUCUCGCUUCCGAAGCUCUUUACAGAGCAGAAGCCGAGAGAGAGCUCGAUGAGGAGGAGGAACUGUUCAACCUUGAAGAAGACAUACAGAACCCCAUCUCCUACAACUGGGAAGACAAGUAUCGUCCCAGAAAGCCACGCUACUUCAACAGAGUGCACACAGGUUACGAGUGGAACAAGUACAAUCAAACUCACUAUGACGUGGAUAACCCGCCUCCCAAGGUGGUGCAAGGCUACAAGUUCAACAUUUUUUACCCGGAUCUCAUCGAUAAGACAAAGACACCAACGUAUAAGAUUAUCAAGGAGCCUGGCAAUGAAGACACUGUUCUGCUCCACUUUAGCGCUGGACCGCCAUACGAAGACAUCGCGUUCAGAAUUGUCAAUCGUGAAUGGGAAUUCUCACACAAACGUGGCUUCCGAAGCAGCUUUGACAGAGGGUGCUUAUCCUUGUGGUUCAACUUCCGUCGCAAUUUCUACCGCAAAUAGUUACCCCUAUCCUAUAAUAAUAUGGCUUUCUUGCUCGGUAAU